CAUGGGCUGGAGCAGUCACGGCCUGUAGCAGUCACGGCCUGUAGCAGUCAUGGGCUGGAGCAGUCACAGGCUGGAGCAGUCAGGGGCUGGAGCAGUCAUGGGCUGGAGCAGUCACGGCCUGUAGCAGUCAUGGGCUGGAGCAGUCAUGGGCUGGUUCAGUCACGGGCUGGAGCAGUCAUGGGCUGGAGCAGUCACAGGCUGGAGCAAUCAUGGGCUGGAGCAGUCAUGGCCUGGAGCAGUCAUGGGCUGGAGCAGUCAUGGCCUGGAGCAGUCAUGGGCUGGAGCAGUCAGGGGCUGGAGCAGUCAGGGGCUGGAGCAGUCAGUGGCUAGAGCAGUCACGAGCUGGAGCAGUCACAGGCUGGAGCAGUCAGGGGCUAGAGCAAUCAUGGGCUGGAGCAGUCAGGGGCUGGAGCAGUCAUGGCCUGUAGCAGUCAUGGGCUGGUUCAGUCACGGGCUGGAGCAGUCAUGGGCUGGAGCAGUCACAGGCUGGAGCAAUCAUGGGCUGGAGCAGUCAGUGCCCUUGAGCAAGACACCUAACCCCCAACUGCUCCUUGAGCGCCAUGGAUAGGGCUGCCCACCGCUCUGGGCAUGUGUGCUCAGUGCCCCCUAGGAUUUAAGCUGGUGGUGCGGCUAAGAUCUGAGGGAGGCCGGUUCCCUUAACCUUCCAGUCUGUGGAAACAUAACCUGGACAUAAUCACGCACAAGAAUGAGGAUCAAAUACACCAUCUGCUUCAUCUUCAUCGUAGCUCUGGUCAUCAUCGAGAAGGAGAGCAACAUCCUCUCAAAGGUCUCGGAUAAGCUCUCUCUGAAGCAGACGCUUCAGACGCCCCUCCAGACUGGUGGCUUAAGCUGGAUCAGUAUCAGACAGAAUGGCUCCAGCGUGCCUUUUCCAGACUACACUGACCCUCUGUCAUACCGAUACACAAACCGGCGCCUGGAAAACUUCACCGAGGCUGGCGAGGGAGGCCUGCUUUCUGCUUCUGCAUCCGGCGGGAGGAAACACAUCCUUCUUUUGGCCAGCACCCGCACAGGGUCCUCCUUCGUGGGAGAGUUUUUUAACCAGCAGGGGGCGAACAUGUUCUACCUGUUCGAGCCACUGUGGCACGUGGAGCGCAUGCUAACUCUGGAAGGCGGCAGGACAAACGCUACAGCUUCGGCUUCGGCCUACCGGGACGUCCUCAGGCAGCUCUUCCUGUGCGAAUUUUCUCUCUUGGAAAGCUUUAUCGAGCCCCCGCCGCAGGACCAUGUCACGACUUCGCUUUUCCGCAGGGAAUCCAGCCAGUCGCUUUGCGAAGACCCCGUCUGCACGCCCUUCGUCAAGAAGGUGUUUGAGCGCUUCCAUUGUCGCACCCGCCGCUGCGGCCCGCUGAACUUCACUCUGGCCUCGCAGUCCUGCCUGCAGAAGCAGCACAGAGCCAUCAAGUCCGUGCGUGUCCGGCAGUUAGAGACGCUGCGCCCCCUAGUGGAAGAUCCGCGCUUGGACAUAAAGUUCAUCCAGCUGGUCCGGGACCCGCGCGCGGUGCUAGCGUCCAGAAUGGUGGCUUUUUCAGCCAAAUACAAGAACUGGAAGAGGUGGGCCACUGACGGUGAAGUUCCUGAGGAUGACGACGAAGUGAGGAAGCUCAAAGGGAACUGCGACAACAUCCGAAUGUCCGCAGAAACGGGCCUGAAACGGCCCGCUUGGCUGCGCGGGCGCUACAUGCUGGUGCGCUACGAGGACAUUGCUAGGUUUCCCAUGCGGAAAGCUGGGGAGAUGUACCACUUCACUGGCAUCCCCUUCACUUCCCAAGUGAAGGACUGGAUCUUGAAGAACACUCAUGCCUCCAGCGAGGUUAGCGGAGUCUACUCCACCCAGAAAAACUCCUCCCAGCAGGUGGAGAAGUGGAGGGUUAACAUGCCCUUUAAACUAGCCCAGAUGGUGCAGAAGGUGUGCGGCCCUGCCAUGACUCUGUUCGGCUACAAGUUUGCCGAAAGCGAAGAGAUGCUGAGCGACUUGUCAGUCAGCUUGAUUGAAGAAAGGACUUUUCUAUGACUACAGAGAGUCUUGCGUCUUUUUUACUCAGAACUCAGUAAGCUAAACUUCACCUUUAAGAGACAGAGCUGGAUGUCAUGUUUUUUUUAUUGUGUUUUAUAUUUAUUAGGGACAUUAGCACAAAAUAGGACCGGAGAAAUCUUACUUUAUUCAGUCUGUUCGAUCUCAUUCAAUCCCAUAAGUAACAAAUAAAACAGUGCUACCUUGAGAGAAACGACAGAGGGAACGAUACUGAAAGAGAUAUUUUUUUCAGACAUGUAUUUUAUGUAGAACACAAGACUCUCAGACUGCGUUUCUCUAGCAUUUACAUGUAUUUUAACGGAGAUGUAAAUCGCAUAUCAUAACGAACGCUGGAAAACUCCUAUCUAUCUUUUCUACUCUGCGUCUGGUUCAGGUUUCAAUCACAGAUGCUGCUUUUGUUCCAAAGGAUGAAACUUGAAACGGAACACAUAUCAGAAACCCCAAGGCCAAGGAUUCAUAUGUUAUAAGUUACAAAGAUGCUUCAACUAAAAAUGCCAAUGAGAUUGACUUUGAGUGGAAGGCAAACUGGCUUAAGGAAGUUAACUUAAUAACGCCUGGUUUCUGUCAUUUAUUAACCGGUGUCAUGAGCAGGGUUGGCACCUCAGCACUCAGCCCUGGACACUCGAUUAGCAAUGUGUACUAUUCAAACUUUCUUUAUGUACAAAUGUUUCGACUGGAUAGAAAUAGCAGUUUAAACUUCAUAAGAAAUACUAACAUAUGAAAGUGCUUGGAUUCCUGGACAUUUUAUGUCCAGGGAUGGCAUCAUUUUCCCCUGGACAGGCAGCCAAGACCCUGUCCAGGUGGCAACCUUCGUAAUGAGAGUAGUUUAUAUUGUCAAAAGUUGACGCGUUCAACUCACACACUUCGAUGUUUGCGCAUGACCGCAGUACACCUACGACUAAACACGCACAAAACGUCGAGACUCGUCAUGCAGUGCGUGGAACAAUACGGCCAAAAAGGCAGGCGGAAGACGCAGCUAUCGAUCUGACAUUUCUUUGGAUACUGUUUACUUUCUGAACAGCAACCACUGAGAAUCGUAACGUUAGUUUCACUAAAUAAAUUAGUAGCUCGGUGGAACAUUUAGCGGUAGACAAAGGCCUCAAAAACAGAUUAGUUAUCGUUCAGAAGCCAAGGACACUGUUAAAGCCACUUUGGGUUAAAUCUGUAGGCAGGCUAAGGCUAAAGCUAACAAGUGCAACACUACUACUACACUGUAAAAAAAAGAUCAUAAAGUUUACAGUAAUUUAUUGGCAUUACUACAUUUUCACAGUAAGUAUUUUAGAGUAUUUUACUGUUAUUUACUGCAAAUGUACAGUACUUUACUGGCAACCCGAUUAUUGUAACCUCCUUUGUCCUCUAUGUUCCUGUAAACUGAUCACCUGGUAUAUUACAGUAUGAUCCUGUAACACAGUAAAGAAUAACCAAGCAGUAUUUUACUGUAAAAUAACCCAAAACCACAUACUACCAUACACCACACUAGUGAAUUCCUAGUGAACACUAGUGAAUUUGUGUGGUGGGAUGCAACUGUUGACUGGCCCUCAUCCAGUAUUGCGCUUGUUAGCUCUAGUAUUAGCUUAUCAACAGAUUCAACCCACAGUUAUUAUCCUUCACAGAAGGCAAGUUACUUCCUCCUCUAUGGAUGAUGUACCAACAUGUUGGCUUGUCAAGGUGACAUUGAGAACAGAGAAGUAUCAUAGUUGGCCUAGCAACACUGCUUUAGACCCAUCAGUCACGCCCAUGUUGCAGUAAUGUGCAGUAACCUGACUCUCUGCUAGAUUCAGUAGAUGAGCAGCUCAUUAUGCAGUCUAAGGUAGACAGACGUCUGGUCAGUUGCAGAUCCAAACCCUGCGCUGGAGUACUGCCCGGUGCCUAAACAUGUCGACAGCAGUGCAGCUGCCCCAAACAAUUGUCCAGUUAUCUGAACUAAUCAAAUCAAAUCACGUUUAUUGAGGUGAGUGUAUCUUAGGCGCGUCACUCUUUUAGUGCUUAAAUACAAACAUGAAUAAAAAGUAAAUAAACAUUUAUACACAUUAGGCUAUAAACAUACACAUUAAUAUACAGCAGUCAGACCCUCGCUGGUGUCGGAAGAAAACCUUUUUUUUUUACAUUUUUCAGUUUUUUGACAUAAUUUGAAAAUACAUGUUACCCGUCAUAUUGUAUGUAAAUUUCAAGAGAUAUGGACCAAAGGAAACAACCCAAAUUGACUGGAAGAAACUCUGGUUCCAUUGACUUACAUUAAAAGUAAAGUAUGUUUUUUCCUUCUCCUGUAAAGUUUUCUUCUGACAGCAGCGAUAUGCUGGUUUUGCUGGUGGUCCGCUAAGCUGGGUUGUGCUAGUUUUUCAAGCAGGUUGGACAGGCAAGCAAAAACCUGGGCAAUCCAAGAAAAUCCUGGACAGGUGGCAACCCUGGAAGCUGUCCCUGCCAGAAUCUUGCGACAACUUUUGACAGCAUCAACUGUUUUCAUUUACCCGGUUUCUAGGUGAUGUAUUCCUUCAGUAAGAGACGACAGAACGUUAUGGUCAGAGUCCUCAUGCUUGGGGCUGUCAGUCAAAGACAAAAACCCUCCUCUCUCUCCCUCCAGGGGGAUGUCUCCCACCACCUAUGGCUUGUUUCUGUUCUGUGAUUGAAUUGCUGUUUGAAGUUUAAUGCAACUGCCUGAGUGUGUGUGUGUGUGUGUGUGUGUGUGUGUGUGUGUGUGUGUGUUUUGGAGGGGGUCUUCUCUGUGAGCAGAUGUUUACGGUGUAGUAGUGUGUGAUUCUGACAUUCUUUCUGCAGCUGGCUUGCAGAAAUGUGUAGAUGUAUCUCAAGUGUUGAGGCUGUUGACGCAAGUCACUAAUGACUAAUGGAAUAAAAGGGACCAAAACAUCAGGGAUUUAGGGUCCUGACACACCAAGCCGACUGCCGGUGCUCAGACGCCACCAGGCUGCCAGUGAGCAUCGGUGGAAAUUAUAAUCUGUAGCUUCAUGACUGGUGCAACAAAACUAGUGGGGCUAGUUGGUCCUGGUCAGUGCCGUCUCUACUGAUUAAGCAUGUUGAAUCGCUGUUGGGGGUGGGCCGUGAGACACAGCAUGGGCAAGGAGAGAAACAGAAGAGGGCAAGGCAAGAAACAGGCACUCGCAACAGAGCGCGCAGAGAAGACUCGGUGCAAGCAGCACCGUUUAAUCACCAGUGAUGGGCAUUUUACAUAUUGUUUUGACUCCUGCUGUCUGAAUGUCCAGAUUUUUAGGAGCUAUAUUACAUAUUUCAUUUCCAAUGAGAAAAUAUUUAAUACGGUUAUGAAUUAGACACGGAUAGAGGCUUCGACUGUGGCCUAAAACAUAAACAGGACUUGGCUUGUGUUAAUACAGUUAUGAACAGACAUUUAAUUUUACUGUUUAAAGUACAAACAUUCACUUUCACUCAUGCAGCUCUGCCAACACUGGUUUCACUUUCCCACAUUAGGUUAAAGCUUAUAACACAUUCAAACACUAUAGUCUUUGCUUUGCAUGCUGUGGUUUUUCAGAUUUACCGACCACAGCUCCUGCUAUACAGAGCUGUACCUUUUAGCACAAAUACAGUAAGUACAUGCGUGUCUUGUGCAAGCUGGUGCUAGCUUUGGUCGGCUUGGUGUGUCUGGGCCCGGAUAUGUGAAGCGUUUCAUGUGUUCUGAACCUGCUGGCUCUAUUGGACAGUACUACCCUAAAGCUAGGAGGUAGAUAUGUUUGCUACAUAACAGGAUCGUCAUAUUGUGGCUAAAACUGUAUUUUAAGUAAACAGUGCCUUUUUUUUAUUUUCUGUUUAGACCUGUUCUUUGUUUCUACUAUUUAUGUCAAAGACUUUUGUGAAAUAUAUUGAGGGAAACUAAA